AUGCUGCAGCAGUUGUCAAGCCCGCCUAUGUCCUCGAGUCCCAUGGAGAUGUCCCAUGGAAAGUUAUGUCAACAUGAACAACAACACAAUCAACAUAAUCAACAUGCUCAUCACGGUAUUCACUCGAGUUCUGUUUAUAAUCACAAUGGGACAAUAGUUUCAGGAGCUAGAAAAGAAAAUUGGAAUUCUCAAUUGCAUCGUGGUAAAGAAAGAACUCAGCUGCUUUUCCUUUCACUGCUGUGCUCUUCAAGUUCAAGUUCAAGUUCAAGUUCAAGUUCAAGUUCAAGUUCAGCACCGCCUUCGCCGUCUCCAUUAAUCGAAAAACAACUUAUAAAUCCAAUUGGCUCGGCUUCACUGCCAAGCCGACCGAGAAUGAAACUCUCAGUGACCGAUGUUGAAAACUCUUUGGAUGAGAGUAUUGAAUCUCAGGGUAGUAUAGAUAAGGCUGAGCUAUUUGGCUUCAAUUCUAGUGUGUUUCUGGAACCGAAUGAUGAAAAUGAGCAAUCACGACGACUAGGGCAAUCCAAAAAAACGACCGAUUUGAAAAGUAUAGAGCAAACUGUGGUAAACACGUCACCAAAAGCUUUAUGUUCUAGAAUACGAGCUUCACAAUUGGAUACUCGGACAAUUUGUUCAGAGCAUGAAAUCAUCGAGAUAUCAGAUCUGAGCGACGGAGAGCGAGAUAGAGCUCAUCAUAAUAAUUUAGCAGUUGUAGGAGCUUGUGGUUUGACUUCUUCAAUUGCUGAUCUUCCUCAUACUAAAAACGUUGCAGCAUCAAGAGCUCUUUUAUCUAAACCACUAACUGAUUCGCAGAUACUCAAUACGAAACCACAAGCGUUGAUUGCACUGCAAGAUCCUUCAGUUAUCAUAAUAGACAGUGAAGAUGAAGAAACUGAAAACAUGUCAAUAAAUAAUGCCACUAACCAGAAAAUUAGUAACAACAACAACAACAACAAUAAUAAUAAUGCCAAUAACGACAAUGAUAAUUCAAUACUUCCAGCUUCAUCGCCAAUCCAUACCAGAGUGGUUAGUACUAACUUUGGUCAAGACUCUGAUUCAAUCUUGGAUUCGUCAUUUUCAUUUCUGAAUUCAAAUCCUAUGGCAAAUCCAACUCGUGUGCAAAAAAUUGAUUCCGACGUUAAUUAUAGCAAUAUUGAAAAUGAUGAUGGGAAUCACAAUGAUGGUAGUAACAAUGACGAUAAUAAUAAAAAUAAUAAUGAUGAUGAUGAUGUCGACAAUGGUGAUGAAUUUGGUAAUUUAAUACGCACAAACUUUUCGAAACCCAUUUCGGAUCCAUUAAGGAUUUUCAAAAAUGACACAAGUAAUGCGUCGACUUUAAAGACGGGCUCUUCCACAUUGAGCAACAAUAUGGUACAGAGAGGUGUUUCAAUGGAAGUACUGUCAGCGCUGUAUACAUCAAUUACAAAAAACGCAAAUACCAGUAGUCAUCCACUUCCAGCCAUGCCAUCAUUUAUAAAGUGGCUAAGUUCUGAUGAAGCCGAAGGAAGCGAUAGUCCAAUAAAAGUUGUUUCCAUGGCGCCUCAAACUACAAAUAAUCAGGAUAAUGGUCAGCAAAACAGAAACAAUGAAAGAGACAGAAUUGCGAGGGCAGCGCGAGCUUUUGCUAGUCGUUCUUCAGCUAGUUUCAGAUCAGCCUCAGAAUUGUCAGGUAGUGAUUUUUACAAUAAAAGUCCGUCUAGACAAGACAAACCAGAGAGGUCAAAAAGGCAAGAAAGACCCGAAAGGCCAGUGUUUACUAGCUCAACACGAGAUACUCCAAAACUUGUACAAAGGUCAAAGACCGAUGUCGACGUGAUUCCAAGCUUUAUCGACACGAGUAUUUUUAACUUGCCACCUCACCAUUUUACAUCCGAAACUGUUCAGCUUCCUGCAAAAAGAUCAAAUACUGCACCAGAUACCAAUUCAAAUAGGGCGAAAAAUAAGGCCAAGCGCGCAAAGACAGACUCGUACAUAUCAGAUUUGCCAAAGAUUAAUAAUUUUCUGUACUCCGCCAAGGAGUUGCAGGAAGUCAACAAAGUUAACCGCAAAAAGGAAGAAUUACAUGCUGAGAUGGAAAUACAUAUUGGCUCGAAACCAUUUGAACUACUCAACGAAUACAAAGAGGAGUUUAAUCUGUCAAUUUUCCAGUGGAAAAACAACAAUUAUUCAAAUGGUGUUGUUUCAAGCUCCAACUCUAACAGCAAUACCAAUUCCAACGCUGAUUUGGACUCUAAUUUACUGAUAAUAUUUUGGAAACGCAGGGUGAGAGCAGAGUACAUUCUGGAGAAAGAUUUUUUUAUACCAUGUUUACCCAAGAAAGUUACUCAGCGAACAUUUGUGAUAUACCUUUUGGCUCACGAUUUCAUUACCAAGCUCCAGAACAAGACAUUGCAAAGCGACCUCACCAAGGCUCGUGACUUUAUUUUGGCGAAAUGUGGCAUUUCUGAAUUGAAGAAAGGUUAUCAUGUAAUUCUUAUGGUGGAAGGGUACGAUCAGCUCGUGGGAAAGAUUAAAGCUCAUAGACAAAGAUUAUUUAAAUCACAGGUGCUACUGAGCAGUGGAGGAACGGGACAACAACAGCGACUGCCCAAUAAGAACAGUCCUUCUAAAAAGCGCAAGGCAGAUGAAACAUUAGCUUCGUACCCGGAUCCCAUUGAUAUUGAAAAGAUGUUGAAUCAAUUCCAGUUGGAUUGGCAAGUAAACAUAUUCGCGGUACGUUCUCGAGAAGAGAGCGUUAACUGGCUUAAUGUAUUUACCUAUACUAUAGCGUCGUCACUUUAUGAUAAGUAUGAGAGAAACGAGCAAUUGGCCAACCUUGGCAAUGUGCGCUCUGGAAGCGAUGCAAAAACCACAUUUUUACAAUCAAUGCAACAGUUUACAAGGAUGACACAAUCGAAAGCAGAAAUCUUGUACUUGUCACACAAAUCCAUGCAUCUGGUUUAUUCAAAGUUAAAGGCAGAAGCAACUUUGGGCAAAGAUGCCAUAGGAAACAAUAUCGUUCCGCCUACAGUAGACAAUGCGAUGUUCAACUUUUUCACAUCAGAUGAUCCUGAUAAGGCAAUAACAUAG